AUGAGUAGAGCCCUUUCCAGAAACCAACUCAAGGGUUUGAUCAAAGAAAUCACUAAAUUGUACCCAGCAAGCUACGCAGACUCGAGCUGGGACAACACAGGCUUGCUAAUCGAUUGUUCUACCUUGCAGAGCGAUGUUCAAAAACCCAAAGUGCUGCUUACGAUUGACUUGACCGCGGCUGUGGCCCAGGAAGCUGUCAACCACGGCUGUAACCUGAUCAUGUCUUACCAUCCUUUCAUUUUCCCAAGUUGGAAACGGAUCAGCCCAUGGUCCAACCCACAGCAUCAGUCAGCGGUGAAGCUGAUCCAGCACGGAAUCAGCGUUUACUGUCCCCACACUGCUAUCGAUGCCGCUAAAGACGGCGUCAACGCAUGGCUGGCUUCCUCGUUGGUUCACGACCAGUCUUUGAUUGACUCGAGCGUCAGUAUCGAAAAAGUGUCUCCAGUUCAAGGCGAGCAGGACUUUGAAGUUGGUUACGGACGCGUUGUUAAACUGAGGAGUCAAAUCUCGCUCCAAAGCGUAAUCGAGUCAUUGAAGGCCUCUUUGGGGAUUGAAACAGUCCAGUGUGCUGUGAAACAAACUCUAAGCGAAUUUCAGGUCCAAACUGUUGCUUUGUGCGCUGGUAGCGGUUCCGGUGUGUUCAAGAACCUGAAAGACGACGUGGACUUGUACCUCACGGGCGAGAUGUCUCAUCAUGAAAUUCUCAGACUCAGGGAAAUGGGCAAAGCCGUAGUGGUCUGCAACCAUUCCAACACCGAGAGAGGGUUCUUGAAAUCUGUGAUGGUUCAGCAACUUUCCAAAGCCGGUAUCGAUUGCGUGGUGAGCACGGAGGACAGCGACCCACUGACAUACGUGUAA